UGUCAACAUAGAUUAAAUAUUACAUCGGGGUCAUAAAACCACACUGUACUGCAUACGUUCGUGUUUUAAUGCAAUAAGCGUUUUGUCUUUAGUUUUGUAAAUAAAAAAUGGCAUGGCAUCUAAUUUAUACUUCAAAAUUUCAAUUUAAACUAAAAUCCAGGAACGGCAAAAUUUAAGUCAAAUAUAGGCACAUUCCCAGAAGACAAAAUGAAUAUCACUUUUUAUUCUGUUAUAGCCCUCCUCUUUUCUCCUUAUCAUCCGUUAUUUAUUCAGUCAGAUUCAAUUCCUAUAGUCUCUGCCAUCUGGUAGCUGCCUCAGCUAUUUAAUAUAGCGGUACUUGCUUGCUUCGCCAGUCCAGCUGAAUCAAAAGCCUUGGAUUUCCAUUGUAACCUCUUCUUAGGAGUGUUAAUAGGUUAAACCACUGCAAAUAGAGACAUUUAAUGUAUUUUUGCAAAAAGAAUGACCCAUUUUCGGUUUUAAUUUGGUUACCCACGACUUAUUUUUUUGUCGUUCUGCGACAGUUUCCAGGGAAUGUUUAAUUUCGAAUGUCAACGACGAACUCAGUUGGCAAAAUUUUGUUUUUAAGUAUAGUUUGUUACAAAAUAAUAAACAAAACCUUUAGGUCGAGGAAAUAUAGAUCAUUGUGGAUGACUUGUGGGUUGAACACAGACAUGACGAGAGGUUAAUAUUGAAAUCCAAUAUGAUACUGUUUUAUGGGUGGUGGUUACUGUAGCUAACCACAAAAAUAAAGUCGUUAUGUGGGCGGUGGUUACUUCCUCUAACCACAUUAUUUUCGUGUGCUCCCUUUUACGGGUCGCGGCGAUUCUCUCUAACCACACGUUGUAGUUGUCCUGCGACCCAACAGAUGGCAGGAACAGUACCGCGCCACAUUUAUAUGUCCUGUUUAUUACUCGAGCCACCACUUUACUCAGACUCGCCAUUGUUUCUUGCGUUGCUACGUAUUAUAGUGCUUUUUACUAGGAAUUUUACUAUUAUAUGUGUGACAGCGUAUUUGCAUGUGGUUAGUGCUGCUAACCACUGCCCUCCCAGAACUUCAGCAUAAAUAACAGAUCUAAUAUGCCUCGGCAAAAAGGUUUAUCGGAGGAUGAAAUUUACCGUUUACUGUUUGAAGAAAUACCUUCAGAAGAAGAUAGUGUCAUAGACUCCGAUGACAGUUCAUCUGAUCCUACUUACAUAAAUAAGAAUUUGAACAAAGAAAAAGUUUUCAACACAGUGUCAAGCAGCAGUGAAUCUGAACAAAGUGACAGUGAUGUGCCAAAUGUUUCUAAAGUACUCUCUCGUACAGCUUCAUCCAGCUUCGCAGUUACAUGGACCCAAGAUACUCGUGUUCUUCCAGUGCCUCCCUUCACAAAAGAAAGUGGUGUAGCAGCAAGAAUAAAGAACAAAGCAAAUAUCAAGCCAUUGGACCUCUUUUGUGAGUAUUUUGAUGAAACGCUUAUCAACCAUAUUGUAUUUCAGACAAACCUUUAUGCUACCCAAACAGGAAAACAAUUUGUCCCUACUGAUGCAUGUGAAAUCAGGACAUUUAUUGGGAUAAAUUUAUACAUGGGCAUAACCAAAAAACCAAGCUAUAGAGACUAUUGGAGUUCUGAACCUGACCUCGGUGAGAAUUACAUUUCUAAACUAAUGACUGUGAAAAGAUUUAGCUUCCUUUUGAGCCAUCUGCAUCUAAAUGACAACACCGUAGCUCCAGACAGAAAUAGUGUAAGCUAUGACAAAUUAUACAAGCUUCGGCCUUUGCUGGAUCAUCUUUCGAAAAAAUUUUUUGAAUGUUACCAACCUCACCAGAAACUGGCAGUUGAUGAGUCGAUGGUAAAGUUCAAGGGGCGGUCGUCCCUCAAGCAGUAUAUGCGAGAUAAGCCUAUAAAACGGGGCUAUAAGUCAUGGAUGUUGUGCGAUGAGUCAUCCUACAAUUUGAAGUUUGACAUUUACACAGGAAAGACAUUAGGGGCAACAGAAGUAGGGUUAGGUGCAAAAGUUGUUCAAAAUUUGUUAAGUGGUCUCGAAGGUUGUCAUCACAUUGUUUUCAUGGACAAUUAUUUUUCUUCUUAUGAUCUGUUCAGCAACCUGAAGUCAAAAAGUGAAAUAUAUGCGUGUGGAACAAUAAACCCUAGAAGAAAACACCUACCUGCACUGAAGGAUGAGAAACAACUUGAAAGGGGUGAAUUUGAUUGUCGUGUUAGUGAAGAUGGAGUGGCUGUGUACAGAUGGAAGGACAACAAGGCAGUGAACUUGAUUUCAACAUGCCAUGAUCCACUGGAUGUUUCUUCUGUCAACCGCAAAAUGAAAGAUGGAACUGUAACAACCAUCAAGUGCCCUCAGGUUUUGAAAGACUACAACUCACACAUGAAUUUUGUCGAUAACUUUGAUAGACUCAAAUCAGAUUAUGCGAUCAACAGGAAAAGUAAGAAGUGGUGGAUGAGGUUGUUUUUUCAUUUCAUCGACUGUUGUGUUACGAACGCAUUUAUAAUGCACAAGGAACUUCCUGUAGAACAAUUUACAAACAAAGAUUUUCGUCGGGAGGUUUACAAAGGGUUGCUAGCUCCAAGAAUAGUUGCUGUGAUAGCAUCCACUCCAUCUGGAAGCAAAGGAAUGUCUCCAGUCGCAAUCAAGACACAUAAACCAUUUGUAGACAAGAGUAUUCGCCAUGAAAGCAGCGGGCACCAACCGGUUCAUUCAACAUCAAGGAGAUGUGCAGUCUGCAGUUCUAGGAAGAAACCAGUUCGUACUGUGUGGAUGUGCACUGUAUGUAAAGUGCCCCUAUGCCUUAGAGCAGGAAAGGAAUGUUUUAGAAGUUAUCACAGUAAAUAGCUUAACUGUUAUGGAAGGAUAAAGUUACUUGGAAAAGUGUUGGUUAUAAACAAAACAUUACUGUACUGUUUGUUACAUUUGAUUGCCUAGUGGGGCUGUGGUUAGUUUUCUAACCACUUUUCAUGAUCAUAGAUUAUGAUUGUUUACAAGUUAUUUUAAGAAUGUUUCACAGUAGUAUACAUAAAAAGUAAUAAAUAUUUAAAUAUAAGUCAGUUGAAAUUAAUUCGUGAAUUUUUUUUUCUCUGCCCCUGUCAGGUAUUUUUUUGCUCGCCAUUUCCGCCCUUCACAGGUAUUUUUUCGAUCAAAAUUUCUGCCCUUCAAAGAGUUAAGAUGGCUAACUGAAAUGCGAGGCGAAACACCGGUCAUCACGACGCACCCAGAAGUGGCUUCAGGCCGUGAACGUCCAGUAACCUGUUCUGUAAAUGACCUUGAAAACGCGUGAAUUCCAUUGUAGAUACUUCAUGACAGUAGCGGAUCCAGAAGGGGGGCUAAGGGGCUCAAGCCCCCUCCAAAAGCAUCUGGGUCCACUAUUGUUUUAGUGUUUGCCUUGAUAAAGCCUAGCCUCAGCUGGGUCAAGCCCCUCCCAAACAAAAAUCCUGGAUCCGCCACUGCUUCAUGGCGAGUGAUACUCGCGGUUUGAACGCUGAUGCGAGAAAGGUUAGCCAGUGCGAGUGUGCUAGCCCAGUGUUUGUGGCGCGCAGGGGGAUUUUGAAGGAGGUCAAGUGAGUCGGUCACAUCCAAGUAGAAUGUAAGUAUAUACAUCCUCCAUGCUCGCCCCUGGCAGUCGCGCCGUUAUGCGCACUGCGGGGCCGCGACGGGACCGAGUGCCGCCUGUCGGGCGUAGCGCCGCAACCCGCGUGGCAUACCUGCACUGCGGGCUGCGUGAAGCCCCUGACCGGUAUACAGCCGGCAACGCAAGGCGUAAAGCACCACAGCAACUGCCCCAACCGCCACCAAAGUGUGAACUUCAACGCAUACAAGAGGAGAAUGUGCGCAUUCCUCAACGGUCAUGCCUACCGUUAACAACAACAACACUGUGCAUUUAAAGAAAGGAGAAUAUACGCACAAAAAAAAGGUCCUAGAUUUGAAUAUAUAAAAAUACUGGAAAAACACACACAAAAAAAAACAUUUUUGGCGAGACUACAUCUUAUAAAUAAAUCGGGAUGCCAGUUUGAAAUGUGGAGUGUAACGAAACGGUAUAAAAUACAAAUCGGACCUAGUACAUUCGAGUUGUGCAUAAAUAUAGGUAGGGCAAUGGUAUACGCAUUCGUCAUUAUAAAAAGGUUUCUUGUAUAUUUUCUGGUCAGUACGAGUAAUAGGCUGGUUUCUUGAACAUUAUAUUCCUGAAGACUCGUGUAGUUCGGGAGCAGAUAUUGGACACACGCGUUAACCAUUUUGAAUAUGAUAUUUAUUUUGUGCAGAGAAUAGUGUGUAUCUAAAAACCAUGAUUAAAUAUUUAAAAAAAUAUAUAACGACAUAAAAAAAAUCUGAAACGAAAUUUCAAAAGAAUGUUACGAGCAAAUUACAAUGUCGAGUCAUAUGGCGAAAUAUCAUACUUUCGGAAACACAGUACUCGACGACUAGGAGAAAGAAUCAGCUGUUAGGAAUCCGACAGGCGUCCGUCGGACCGGUCUGAAGAGGGAGGGGAGGGGAAAGAAAGCCAAGAUGGCGGACGUGGCACGAGCGCAGGUAUCGUGAGUAUCAGUGACGUGAGUUCCAGUGACGAUCCCGGCGUCUCUUUGUGUCCGCCGUCGACGACCGCGCUCUGUCGGGGAGAGUUGUCGGCGAGUGAGUUGGCCGACGAGCCAUGCUCGCUCCGAGCCGACGAGUCAGGCUCGGAGUGCGGCGCGGGCGAUAGCUCGUGGCUCCACGGAGAUCUAGCGAUGACAAGCAGCAAUCACGUGCUGGCUCAGCCUUCACGCCUCUCCGAUGGCUGAAAGAGUUUCAGGUUAACAUUGCUACUGAUGUUGAAAAUGUAAACACUUGAUAGGAACUACGUUCUUUUUUUUUAACUUCCAGUUUAGAUUACGUAUCUACGUUAAAAAAAGGGGGGGGGGGUUUGAUUGUAAUGUCGGUUUACGGACGAUAAUUUUACGUGAUAACGUCAUAAGGAAAACAUUGAUGAAAAAUUGCAUACUAUUUAAUUUUCAAUUAUUAUUUACAGUUUUUUUUUUGCAAAAUUUAAUUCAAAUAAUUUGUUUAAAUAUAAUCACGAACAAUUAGUUAAAAAGCCCCGCCUUAUAACCUGUUUGAUAUUAUAGAAGAUUUUCCUCGCACGGUGGUCGGCCGGUUCUCGCACGCUCGGCUCAGGCGGAACGUGACAACGAGUCGUGCUUUUUCCGUGCGUGCAGGCGGCGUUCAUCAAUUUAUGAGACGUCAUUACGUAAAAAAAAAAACUCGUGGUCGUGUCGCGACAUCGCCUAUACCAAUUUUUUUUUUUUUUAUCUUUUUGAUCACGUAUCAGUGUUGUGAAAGGUAGGUAUGUAACACGUAAAAGUCUUGUCUCGACGCGUAAACAGGCCUGCGGAUGUGUACCUGGCGACAUGGCAACGCAAGUAGAACUAGUGAGGUGGCAGUGUCGCCCGGGGGAAGGGUGGAAGGGAGGGGGAGGGGGGGAGGUGUGGCUGUGUCACUUCUCGGAGGCAGUUGUUCGCGCGCGGCCUCCCACGAGCCCCGGGGCAGGAAGUAUGUAGCUCCCUCCGUCUGCGCUAACGAGGCCCCUGCUGCUUCCCACACCGCCAUCUCUGCCCUCCGGAGGCCGUUCUUCUCGUCCCGUUGUAGCGCUCCCUCACAGCACUAGUCUUCACUUGCAAACAAGCUUCCUUUUCUCUCAAAUCUCUUACUGUUUGAAAAAACUUUAUUUGCGACAUACGGAAUUUGCUAUUUUGCACCGCGUGUCACAGAGAAAACCAGAAAGAACAGACAAAGAAAGAUGAACACACAAACAAUCGGUAAACAAGGCCAAAUUACAGCCAAUGUCAAAUGUCAGCGAAGAUAAUGCCGUGGAAGGAACAAGUCAGAGCAAAUUCACGGCACAGACGAAACACAGGGACUGACAAGGACGACAGAGUUGCAACAAAAAAACAGAAAAAUACGGACAAACAAUUACUUCGGACAGCACAGAGGAACUCAAUGACGACACUGGAAACACACCGACAAUGCUGCGACGCACACGCAAACCCAGCGAUGAACUAACAACAGCUAUUCUGACAGCGCAGACGAACACAGGCACAGUACGGAAGUCUACCGAGUUAGUCUGUGCUGUGUGUGAUAUUGUUCUAGUUCCUUCUACGGAAUUCUCUGUGCCGUCGUUGCGUUCAUCAUCUAACAUUGGCUGAUUUCGGCGUGUUUACCGUUUGUUUUGUGUGUUCAACUCUGAAGAUGUUUGCUGAAAUGCAGAGCGAUACGUCGUCAUAAUCGACCAAUUCAACGUGGCUCAACCUCAAAAGUCAAGAUAGUCUCUUUUUUUUUAAAUUAGUUGUACUGGUAAUGUUAAUGAAUUCAUCGAUAUGUCUUUCUAAUCCUGGUGAGUUACUCGAUCCGGUCCUGUGUAAAACACAGUAAAGAUGUACUAAGAACGGAAGAGAAUCGACGAAGGUUGCAGUAUCUACUGCAACGUCUGCCCAGGAGACAACUGCGACAUAACACAGGCUCGCGGCGGUGCGCGCCGGAUGCGUGCUGUCCGCGGGGAUCCAGGGGCUCAGCUCCGUCGCCCGAGGGGAUCUAGGGCCGUCGCACUCGAGAGCCUGCCUUCAACUCGGCUCGCACAACCCGGACGUGUGUGGGACUCGCUGGUUUCUCCGAGCACCUCCUUGCAACGUACACAAGGAGUGGUGGGGGCAGACAGGGGAUAUACAUAUAUCCCCUCCCCCGGGAGUCCUACGUAGUCCUAGCAAAUAUAACUAUCCCUCCAACAAAACGAAAGCAAACAGCAGGCAAAGAAGUUCUACCCCCAACUCCGCCAUUUUCCUACCAAAACAUUGCAGACCACAAAAAUCCACAACAUUUUCAAAAUCCAUAAAAGUAAAAAAAAAAA